AUGACUGGUGGAACGACAAGAGAUCAGACUAUUGAAGAACGCUAUGGAAUUCCCGAAAACUUUCUUGAGAUUGAAGUAAAAAACCCACAAACACAUGGUUUUGGACGUAAAAUGUAUACCGACUAUGAAAUUAUUUGCAGAACAAAUAUUCCGGCUUUUAAGUUAAAACAGUCUGCUGUGAGAAGACGCUAUAGUGAAUUUGAAUGGUUCAGGGAUGUGUUAGAACGCGAAUCGUCGAGAGUAAAUAUUCCUCCUUUACCAGGCAAAGUAUUUACAAACAGAUUUUCAGACGAGGUGAUUGAACAGCGUAGAGAAGGAUUAGAGAGAUUUCUACAGAUAGUUGCAGGACAUCCCUUAUUACAAACCGGAAGCAAAGUCCUUGCUGCUUUUAUACAAGACCCCAAUUUCUCUCGUGACAAUUACAACUACUAA